AUGUUUAGUUUUAAGCCUGUGAAGUGGUUUUCUUCUCUUCUUUUAUCGAAGUUUCUCAAACCAUACAUAAAAAAUUUUGAGUCUCAAAAUAUAGAUGUUUAAAUUUUAGAUGGAGAAGUAUGUUUGAAAUAAUUGGAGUUGAGAAAUGAUAUAUUGAUGCAGUUUGGUAUUGAUAUAGAAGUGAUUGAUUCAUCAUUUGGAGAAGUCAAAUUGAUCAUUCCAUGGAACAAUUUAAAAACAAAAGAAAUAAGUGUAGAAAUAACAAAUGCAAAAAUUGUUCUAUCUAAUAAAAUUGAGAUGAGUGAUUUUAAUAAAGAGUAGUACAAAGACCAUUUAGAAAAACUAAAAAGAGAAGUGUUGUCUAAAUUUGAUGAAGCCGUGUAGAAAGAAGAUGCAUUUUCAAAUGGCUCAUCAGGAAAUAGCUUUUUUGCUGAUUUUGCAAAAAAAAUAUUUGAAAAGUUUGUUCUCAAAAUUAACAACUUAGACAUAGUUUUCAUUUAUCAAAUCAAUAACUAUGAAAUUGUAAAGUUUGGAUUUGGGUUUUAAAGUUUACUUAUAAAUCAAGAUGAUAUCAAACCUAAGAAAGAUGAAAUUCGUAAAAAAAUAGUAGCAGAUAACAUUUUUUUGCUAUUUGAAGUAUUUGAUAAUGUUCUCCCUUCUUAAUUGCAACCUGAAUCAUUCAUUCCAGAUUAAAAUUAAUCAAAAUAAGAAGAAAAGAAGGCUAUUCAUAUUCUCAAGAAACUAGCUCUCAAAAUAGAGUUUAGUUUAGUAUUCUCUGAAUAAAUGGAGAUAGAAUUAAAAAUCGCCACGAUUUCUGAUGUUCUCAUUUACUUAAAACAGAGAUAAAUCAGAUUAUUAUUAAGGGCCAUGUAAGAUAUUGUAAAUCAUCGUAAUGAUCGACCGAAAGAAAAACCUAAAUAUGGAAAAACUGCAAAAAAUUGGUGGGUAUACAUCAUCAGAAGAGUAAUUGAAAAAGAAUAUAUUCGAACAAAAGUAAGAAAAUAAGGAAUCACUAAUUACUUUAAAGUUUAAUAAUAUAUAGAAUUAUACACAAAAAAAAUGUUGAAAUAACAUGAUGCAAAAAGAGAUAACAAACUAAUGGGAGAUUAUGAAUAAAAAAAUACUAUUUCUUAAAUUUUAAUUUUGAGAAGCAUAGCGAUAGAUAAAAUUCUUGAAAUGAGAAAUAUAUUGCGAUCUAACAAUCCAAAAGAUCAAAAAGUUUAAAAAGAAGCCCAAGGAUGGUUUAAGAGAUUUUAAAAUGAUUUUAACAUGGAACAUGCAAGUAAUUUAAAGUUUAGUAGAAAUGUUAUUGAUUCAUACUUAUCCUUCAUGAAAGAAAAGGAAAGUAAUACAAGAGUUUCUAUCAUUUUGGAUGUUAAAAAGAUAAAUAUAUUAAUAUAAGAGAAUUAAAUUCUGUAAUAAUUAAGAAAUCUCCAUUAGCAAGUUAAUAUAUUUAAAUAAGAAUUAAAUUAGAAAAAGUCUCUUUAGACAAAAGUAUUGGAUCACAUUAAAAAUAACUUUCUAUAAAAGAUUACUAAAGUAACUGUCAAAUCAUCUGAAAUAAAUAAACAAGAAGAUUGGAAAUUAGAUGAGCUAUUGAAAGAGAAAAUACUUAUUAAUUUAGAAAUUACUGAAACUAAAUUAGAAUUAGUAAAAUAAGGUUAAUUUAAAUAAUUAGUGAAAGCAUAGAUCCAAAAGUUAAUCUUAUUAGAUACUAAUAAAUUCAACAGCCAUUAUUUAAAAAUUAUUGAAAUUUCAGAGGGAAUUAAAGUAUUAAUGAGUUCAGAACAAUUGGAAAGAUAAAAGAAGAUCCUCGAUUUGGACCCUUUAGAAAAGACAAUAUAGGUCUACUUAGAUAUUCAAGUGGGUCCACUUAGUAUCACACUUUGCAAACCUCUUUAUGAAAGAUUGAUAUCUUUACAAAAUUUAAUAUUUUUUGAUAAAUCUACUGUUCAGAAUGAUAAUUAAGAACACUCAAAGUAUUUUGACAACUUUUUAAUUUUAACAAAAAGAGUUUAAUCUAAUACAAAUGUCUCUUUUUCAAUAAGCAGAAUAAAUAUUUACUUGCCACUUUAAUAUUAGAUAAAGACACAAAUGUUAUUGAUACAUUUGAAACAAAUUAAAAUAUUUAAAAGAGAACAUGAAAACAGUGUUGUUAAUAUUUACCCAGCUGAAAAUUCUAAUGGAUAAGUAAGUUAAUAUCUAAAGGAUUUAAAAACAAGGUAAACUGUUAAUAGAGUAGCUUAAUAAAAUCAAAAUUUAGAGGAAAACUAAAAUUUAAAACCUGUGUACUUUUCAGUUGAUUGCUUAAGAUUAGCAUUUGUAUAGGAUUAUGAUUGGGAGAAUAAGGAAAAUAUUUUUAAAAUAUAAUAUAGGAAAUUAAGAAAAAAUGAAUAACAGAACGGAGAUCCUGGGAUUGAAACCAUUAUUGAAACCACUAUCCAAUAAAAAUAAGAAUGGAAUAAUCCUAAAAGAUGA